UGUCGCUCUCACUAGAUGAGAGCCAUUUGAUGAUGUUUGAAUUAACCAUUCUCCUACCCAAAUUCCCUUCCUAAAACUUCUAAAAAAUUAACACUUAAAACUAUACACCAUUAAUCAAAGCUACCCAUUUUUUUUUCGUUUUGAAAGAACCAACGAUUUUUUAAAUGUGGAGAAUGCAACUUGGGACCUUCCCCAAACAAAGGGGUCCCCCAAGGUUGGUGAAAUUUAGGUACACCAACUUCCAUCCCUUUCACACCUUGAACCCGAGCAAAACAAAAAUAUGGUAGAUUGAAUAAAAUCCUGCACUGCUGGAAAUUAUGUUGACAGAAUUUAAUUUUAAAGUGGGUCAGUGAGAACAUCAGUAAGUGGCCAGGUUGGAAGUAUGAUGUCUGAUAUAUAAUCAAACACGCGCCUACGAAGCAUCCAUUUUUGUGAAGUGCAGAAUAUUGUUGCAGUGCACUCGCAGCAAAGCAUGGCAAUGGCAAGGGCGGCCAUGCGUAAGAUCUCCACUUCUGCCUUGUUUGGGCGUGGAUACGCUGUCACCCAACUCGCCCUGCAAUCUACUGUUGCUCAGUCCAAUGAGGCCGAUUAUUCUCGUCUUGAACAGCAGAAGUCUCAUGUGACAUGGCCAAAACAGCUGAAUGCUCCAUUGGAGGAGGUGGAUCCCGAGAUUGCGAACAUUAUAGAGCUUGAAAAGAAUCGACAAUGGAAGGGCCUGGAACUCAUUCCUUCGGAGAACUUUACUUCAGUAUCAGUCAUGCAGGCUGUUGGGUCAGUUAUGACCAAUAAAUAUAGUGAAGGUUAUCCUGGUGCAAGAUACUAUGGAGGAAAUGAGUUUAUUGACAUGGCAGAGUCAUUAUGCCAGAAAAGGGCCUUGGAAGCAUUUCGGCUGGAUCCAGAAAAAUGGGGAGUUAAUGUGCAACCAUUAUCAGGCUCUCCAGCUAACUUUCAAGCUUACACUGCUUUAUUGAAGCCACAUGAACGAAUCAUGGCACUUGAUCUUCCACAUGGAGGCCAUUUGUCUCAUGGUUACCAGACCGAUACUAAAAAGAUAUCAGCAGUUUCAAUAUUUUUUGAGACAAUGCCUUAUAGAUUGGAUGAAUCAACUGGCUAUAUUGAUUAUGAUCAGUUGGAGAAAAGUGCAGCCCUCUUCAGGCCUAAAUUAAUUGUUGCUGGAGCGAGUGCAUAUUCACGUCAUUAUGACUAUGCUCGGAUGCGCAAGGUCUGUGACAAACAAAAAGCUGUGUUGUUGGCUGACAUGGCACAUAUAAGUGGACUUGUUGCAGCUGGUGUGGUACCUUCUCCUUUUGAAUUUGCGGAUAUAGUGACAACAACUACACACAAGUCACUCCGUGGUCCACGUGGGGCAAUGAUCUUUUAUAGAAAGGGCAUCAAGGAAAUUAACAAGCUUGGGCAAGAGGUUAAAUAUGAGUUUGAGGAAAAGAUUAAUGCAGCUGUGUUCCCUGGUCUUCAAGGUGGUCCUCACAAUCAUACUAUAACGGGUUUAGCUGUUGCACUUAAGCAGGCAACGACACCAGAGUAUAAAUCAUAUCAAGAACAAGUUCUCAGCAAUUGUUCACAUUUUGCUAAGUGCCUAAGUGAAAGAGGCUAUGAACUUGUUUCGGGUGGAACAGACAACCAUUUGGUCUUGGUGAAUUUGAAGAAUAAUGGAAUUGAUGGUUCCAGGGUUGAAAGAGUAAUGGAGUUGGUUCACAUUGCAGCCAAUAAAAACACUGUUCCAGGAGAUAUUUCUGCAAUGGUUCCCGGUGGAAUUCGCAUGGGAACACCAGCUCUCACAUCUAGAGGCUUCACAGAGGAUGAUUUUGCAAAAGUAGCAGAAUUUUUUGAUAGUGCUGCUCAACUAGCGAUAAGAAUCAAGUCUGAAACAAAAGGUGGUACAAAGCUUAAGGACUUCAAUGCCACAAUCCAAACUAGCUCACACUUCCAAGAUGAAAUUGCGAAUCUUCGACAUAAUGUUGAAGAGUAUGCAAAGCAGUUUCCUACAAUUGGCUUCGAAAAAACAACCAUGAAAUACAAGGAUUGAGAGCUUCUAAAAACACCCAUGCCGGCUGUUUUCCUUGCUAUUUCACGAGACAUGUAGAUCUGUUGUGCUUUCUGUCAUGACAGGCUUUCUUUGUUAACCAUCAUUAUGUCCUGUACUAUCAUGCAAUGUAAAUAAUUUGCAGAUGAUAUGUGAGUCAUAGGGCAAUAUUGAUCUUAUCCUCUUCCAUAGAAGUGAUCAAAAUUCUGUGAUCUAACAAAAUUACAAAGUUGGUUUUAUCCUCAGUUGCAGAGCCCUUAUAUAAUUGAGUUAAGAAUAUUUACAAGCCUGUUUGAUUUUGAACCUUUUUCUCAUGGAAGCAAUAGUACGUUGGAUACUAAUUUUUUAAAUAAAAUACUAGUAAAACUUUGAAAUGGAUAA